CUAUUGUUCCGUCCGUUAGGGUUUAUCAGCAGGCUGUCCGCCGAGUGGAGAGCAGUGAGCAGCAAACACAAAGUGCUGUGCGCUUUAUCGUGUAGAUAUAAAACGAGCGGGGCGUUGCGCGCGCGCACACUCGCUUGCACCUCUCACACGCCGCACGAUCGAUUUUCCGCCCUUUGUGAUUUCCACCGGCGCGAGAGCCGCUCUACUACGCGAGUGAGUAAAAUUGAAGAUGGCUUCAAGCGAAUUUAGGCUGGAGCGCAGCGUCGAGCUGUUGCCAGAGACAAAAGAGAUUGCAGAGAAAGAGCUCAGAGAGACACCAGAGAGAGUCCGAGAGGCUCUCGAGAGACUUCGGGAACUUUUGAAGGAAAAUAAGGACUUAUACUUUGCGGAUGACGAUGAAUUGUUAACUAUUUUCCUCCGACCCUGCAAGUGGUAUCCGGAAAGCGCCCUCGCUCUGAUGCGUCGUGUUGCUGAAUUCAAGCGUGAAAAUGCGUCUCUACUGGACGGUCUGUUGCCAGAGCAUGAGAAAGAUGCCUUUUUAGAACACAAAGUCGUCAAUGUGAUGAAAGGACGCGACCACAAAGGACGAAGAGUCCUUAUAGUCAAUGUUGGAGGUACAUGGGACCCAAAGAAAGUUAAUGCCGACCAACUGUUUAGACUAUUUUAUCUCAUCCACGUAGCCGCCAUGCUGGAACCCGAGUCUCAAGUCCGUGGCACAGUAGUAGUAAUGGACUUCCACAACAUGGGAUGGACUCAGACCAUGGGUCUGACGCCGUCGUUCUCCAAAAGGCUUCUGACGUUCAUCCAAGACGCGAUGCCUCUCCGGCUAAAGGAGGUGCACUUCGUGAAGCAGCCCAUGAUCUUUAACGUUGUAUGGAACAUGUUUAAACCAUUCAUCAGAGAGAAACUAAAGACCAGGAUCUUCUUCCACGGAUCGAAGAUGUCCUCCCUGCACAAGCACAUGUCCCCGAGCCACCUGCCGGCGGACUACGGCGGCGAGCUGCCCGCCAUCGACUACUCCGGCGCCGAGUGGUACCCCGUCAUCAACGACAUCCUGCCGCACGUUAACAACUGGAACUCGUACGGGUUCGCCAAAAAAACAUAAAUACAAACUACCAUAUAUUUAGACGAGGCCGUGGCCAGGUGGAUUCACUAAAGAUUUCUGUAUUUGUUGAAUAUAUGUUAAAUUAUUGGGACAGCAUACAUGAAAUUUUCGCUUUGUCCCAAGAUCGAAAUUUAACAUUUUGUUCCCUUGAACUGAAACCUGGCUACGCCCUUGAAUUUAGAUUAAAUGCAAAUACGUAUCAUUAAGACGCUUGCGAUGUAGACCAAACUGAACCAAAAGACAUUUAUGAAAUUUAGAAUAAUUUGUUAUUUAUAUUUUGCUGAUAUUACGAAAAUGUUAGUUUAUUUUUGAUAAGUCUCAUGAGCAGUUAUGGUGCAACUUUGUCUCACGUAGUUUAGUUGUAAACGUAGUUCAAGUUUGAGUGGUUUUUCGAAGAGUCGUUUGGACAUUAGAACGCGCUUUUCGCUGAGCACCGACAGUAUAAUAGUUAUUUAACUGGACCAACGUAGAAUAGACAAUUUAGAUAUAAGAAAUAAAAGAUUACAUAUACAUCGAAAUUUAAUUAUGUAUUGAAUAUAGAUGAAGAAGGCAGCCAUUGGUGCCUUUAUCUAAUUUUAUAUAUGUAUUAAAAAUAUAUGCAAAGGAGUUGCUAUUUUUCGAUAUGUAUGUAUUAGUUGCGGUAAAACGUAUUCUCUAAUUUAAUGUAGUAAUGUUUGUAAGAGGCCAUAUUUGUGUUCUAUGCGGACUGGUUUGUUUGUUGUGAGUGAUAGGUAAAUACGUAAUAGUAUAUUUAAACAAAACUAACUACAUAUGUGAUAAAUAAAUGACAUACUGCUAUUUAGGUAAAUAUAUUUUGUAAUCUAAGGAUCAAGAAUUAACUGAAUGAAGUUUCUAAAAUUAGAAAUUAUUUUCAUAGAUAUAUUUUUAGGCAUUCAAAAGAUGUAAUGAUGAAUUUAAAUUGGUUUAAAAUAUUUGUUUAUUUCGUUAUAAGUUAAAAUUGUUUUAAUUAUCUACCUGCAAUUUUUAUGAAAUAAAAGGUACCACAAUUUGUAACUAAAACCCUACUCGUCCGUAAAUAGAUUGUCGACCUAAAAGUAUGAUUUUAUAAAACAUUAAAUCGCUGAACGAAGAAAAAAUAUAUAUGUAUAUGAAUCAAACAGUGGUGCUCUUUGAUGUUAUAAGCAAAUAAAAUAAAAAUAUUUUUUAUAUUUUAAGAUUUAAGACAACUAGUUUAAAAUGAUUUAUUAAUAUAUUUUAAAACGAACAUCUAAGUAAAUAAAGAUAAUUCUGUGCCAUUCAACGCAGAUUUCGUGAUAGAUUAUAAAUUCUUUGAGAACAAAGUUAUGCAACAUAAAUUUAUAGCGCUUUAUUUCCAAAAAGUAAUGUUAAGUUAUUUAUACUUUUUAAUAAAUUUUGAAUUUGGCCGGGUUUAAUACAAUUUGCACACGCAGUACUUAGAUUUAGGUAUUAUCGCUUGUGAAUUACGUGAUUAGUGAGCGAAUUUCAUGACAUGUACGAAUGUUAGUUGUAGUUUUAUGUUGCACAUAACAUAAGUGUGUUGAUAGAGAGCUUAUGCAAUUACCAUCUCUAUUAUAAGUAUAUUGUGCCAGUUAUAUACCUUGCUCACCAAGAUUUUUUUGCUAAUUUUAAGCAAAUAUUUGUUUAUUUAAUUCGUAUACAAAUAUAUUUAUAUCCUUUUGCACUAGAUUUACAAAACUGUACAUAUAUUCAAAUAUACAUUCUUUACACAUUUUGUGAUGUCACCAUUGCUUUUUACAUUAUUUUUGAAUGUUCCAUUUCAUGAUUUUUUCCAUUCGUGUGCGUGUACAUUUUUUAUACAAUUAAAUCUUGACAAUUAUUUUCUAUAGUUUACUUAUAUUACGACAAGUGAAACAACGAUUGUUAAUAAAAACGUCCCAUAACGAAACGGCAAUAACGAGUUGCGAUAAAUGACAUAAGUCUAUUUUUAUAUAAUAAAAAUAAAAAAAUAACCUGCAAAAAUAAAUCUAAGAUGUUUGUGGAGCAGCAUAAUUGACCACAGCUGCCAGUCUACUGUCGAGACUAAACUAAAAUAUCGGUGCAUACAAUAUGCUAUAUAAGCCAUCGAGUGUAUAUUUGUGGUGAGCCAUUUAAUACAAUUUUAUUUAUAAUGUUUUUCAUAUUUUACAUAUAGAUCCGACAAGAACAAUGCAAUGUGAAAUCUCUCUAAUAAUGUGGCUUACUUCCAUAUUGUAUAAGCAUUCCAAAUAAUAAUGAUUAUAUAUAUAAUUGUGUGGUAGAUAAGUAGAUGUAACUAUGAAAAUGAUACAAAAAUACCUGGAUUGCUCAAAAUAAUAAUUAUUGGAAUUGUAACAUUUUAUAUGACGUUUUACUUUGAUACAAUAAAAUUAUGGUAUAAAA